CCACUCAGAGAUUUGAAUGCUCACUUAUUGGCAGCCAACUAUUUAUAAUCUACAACAAUAUCUCAAUCUCAAAGGGAUAAACAUCAUUUCUGUUGUCUGAGUUAUAAUAUCCUGAGAAAGAGAAAACACUUUGAAAAUUCCUGAAAAAAACCCGCAGAAGAGAAAAGCUUCGUCACAUGGAAGAAAUAAAGAUACCAUUUCACGAACAUCUUGUCAGACCGACUACUCGCUUUCUUUCCGGAAGGUGUGAUGCAGACUGCAGCACAGAUCAUAACCGCAUAUACGGAGGCUACCGCUGCAAUGAGCCUGGCUGUGAUAAAGUGUUCCAUAAAGAAUGCGCUGAAGCCUUACCUGAAAUCAUCAACUCUUUUCAUCCCGAGCACCCUCUCACACUGAUAUGCCUACAUUGGAGGGAUUGCAGUUUAUGUCAACAAGACUUCGGAGUUCGGUACUGCUGUUCAAUAUGUUACUUCAAAAUAGAUAUGAAGUGUGCGACACUACCUGUUAUUUCUGAAAAUCCAUGCCUACACGAGCAUCCACUCAAACUCUCACAUGGAAAGCCAGCAGACAGCUUGGAAUACUAUUGCGCAGUGUGUGGCUUUCCCAAUCUCGAUGAAGAUAAUUAUCAUUACAGAUGUAAUCAGUGCAAAUUUUCCAUCCAUCUUCAAUGUGUCGAUAAAGCUCCAGAAGCAUACCACGCUUCCCAUCCCAAGCACCCACUCAAGUCAAUUAGUUAUCUACCUGAUUAUGCCGACAUGAAAUGCCUUCUUUGCGGGGAUGAGUUUGAGGACAGCGAUGCCUGGUAUAUGAAAGAUAAAAAACCUCACCAUUGUGAUAUUUGUAAUUUCAGCAUAUGCAGAGGUUGUAUGACGAACCCACCACCAGUUUGUGUGGUAAGCUCGACGACACAUAAACAUCGACUUCAUCUUGUUCCAAGACGCAUGGACUUCACUUGCAAUGCUUGUGGGACGUUAGGUGACCGAAGCCCUUAUUUUUGUCUUGAGUGCAAUUUCAUGAUACAUCGUGAAUGCAUCGAUCUACCACGCGUUAUAAACAUCAACCGCCAUGAUCACCGCAUCUCUUACACUCGCCGCCUCGGACAUGGAGAAUCUCCAUGGAAAUGCGGUGUUUGCCGUAAGAAAGUGGAUGGGUUCUAUGGAGCUUAUGCUUCCUCCAAGUUUCCUAGCUUUGUUGUUCACUCAAGAUGCGCAACUAGACCUGAUGUUUGGGACAGUGUGGAGUUGGAAGGGAUGCCCGAAGAAGAAGAGAUUCCGCCAUUCGAGGUGGUUGAUGAUACCACAAUAAGACAUUUCAGUCAUGAUCAUAAUUUACAUAUCAACAAAGAUGGCCAGAUUCUACAUGAAAACAUAGUUUGUGAAGCAUGCGUCUUCCAAAUUGGUUCAGAAUCGUUCUACAGUUGCAGGAACUGCGAUUUUAUUCUCCACGAAAAAUGUGCCAACCUUCCUCGUAAGAAACGUCAUUUGUGCCACAACCAGCCAUUCACACUAAACACAGUUUCUCUCUUUGCAAUAUGUUAUCUUUGUGAUAAACGAUUCUCCGGCUUCCGGUACGAAUCUAAAAGCUCAUUCGGAGAGGUUACACUAGAUGUACGAUGCGGUUCAAUUUCAGAACCAUUUGUGCACGAAAGCCAUCCACAUCCGUUGUACUAUGUAUCAAAGAAAUACAAGCUUAGCUGUGAAGAGUGUGUCUUUAGCUUGGGAUUCAAGAAGGCUGUUUUGCCGAAAAAAGUAAUGUGGAACAGGUAUGAUGAUCAUCCUCUUUUCUUGUCUUACGGUGAAAGCAAUGUGAAUGGAGAAUACUGGUGUGAAGCAUGUGAAGCAAAACUCGACCCAAAGGAAUGGUUCUAUACAUGUAAUGAUUGUGGGAUCACACUGCAUGUUCCCUGCGUUGUGGGAGACUUCUCAUACAUCCAGCAUGGUACAAAAGUAGAAGAGGGUCGUUCAUAUGAAGCGUGUUCUGUUUUGACUUACGAAUCAUCAAAGCAGGUCCUGAAGUUAACACAUGAAGCAAAGCAUCGCUUAGAAUGUAGAAGUCAAUGUCUCAUACGUCUCGACGAGAACCUAAUCCGCGGCUACGAAUGUGCUGGUAUAGUCUUCUAG